AUGGACGUUCCACCGGAGGAGGCCACUUUCAUCGCAGCUCUCGGGGCUUGCACCAAAUGCGGCUGCUACGAUCGAGGGCGAGAGAUCCACGCCAGGAUCAAGGAGUAUGGAUUGGAUUCCAGCCUCGUGCUCGGCAACACCCUCAUCAACAUGUAUGGCAAAUGCCGCGCGCUGCGUGACGCGAGGGCAGUGUUCGAUCGAAUGCCGGAGCGAAGCACCGUGUCGUGGAACGCGAUCAUCGGAGCUUAUGCCCAGAAUUCGCAGCACAGAGAAGCUCUGGAGCUCUUCCGGGAGAUGAUCACGACAGCUCCAGGAGGGAUCGUUCCGGACGAAGUUACGUUCCUUCCAGUGCUCCAGUCGUGCUCGGGGCUGCAAGACUUGGUAGAGGGCGAAGCGAUUCACGAUCUGGCAGCGAAACUGGGGCUGGAAUCCAACGUUGUCAUCGCCAACGCUGUCAUCAACAUGUAUGGAAAGUGUGGCAGGAUCGCAAAGGCCAGAGAUCUCUUCGACCGGAUGAAAAGGAGGAGCAUUGUGUCGCUCAACACCAUCAUCUCCGCCUACGCUCUCAACGGCUGUGGCUUCCAGGCGAUCGAUCUCUACAAAAGGAUGGCGGAGCUUGAGCAACAAAACUUCCAGCCAAACGAUAUCACCUUCGUGGUUCUCUUGGAUGCCUGCGGUAGCGUUUCUUCGCUGGAGAUCGGGCUGGAACUCCAUCGAGAGAUUGCUUCCCGGGGGCUCGAGUCCAGGAUCAACGUCCAGAACGCUCUCAUCAACAUGUAUGGGAAGUGUGGAAGCGUCGAUGGUGCCAAGUCUGUGUUCCUGGCUAUGGCUUCUUCUUCUUCCUCUUGCAGAGACGUGAUCUCCUGGACAGCGAUGAUCACUGCUCUAGCCCAGAACAGCCGCGAGGAAGAGGCCGUGGGAUUGUUUCGAGAGAUGGAGCUCGAGGGAGUGAAAGCCAACGAAGUAACUCUGGCCGCCUUGGCCACCGCGUUCGUCAACCUUGGGAACUUUGGCGAUGGCUGCCACAUCUAUCCCCGAGUUGCCGCUCUCGGGAUGAAGCUCGACGUGGUGCUCGGCACGGUUUUGAUCGGCUUGCAUGGGAUCUGUGGUGAGGACGUGGUCACCGCAAGCAAGAUCUUCGAGCAAAUCGAGCAGAGCAAGAAGAAUCAUUGCUUCCUUGCUCCUUGGCUCCUUGACAAGCGUGGAUCACCUCGACUUGAUCCGAGAAGAAGCGAGGAUCCAUGGCCUGGAGGGGAAUCCCAUCGCUGCCACGGCGCUGGUGAGUGCUUACGGCCGAGCCGGAUCGAUCGAUGGAGCACGAGCGGCCAUGGAGAGGAUUCCCUGCGGAGAGAGAGACCUCGUGUCGUGGAACGCGAUGGUGGCGGCGUGCUCUCAAAACGGCGCUGGAGAGGACGCUCUGGAUCUCUACCACCGGAUGAAUCUCGAGGGCGCUGUGAGGGCGAGCGAGAUCACGUACUCGAGCGUGCUGAUCGCGUGCCCGAGCCUGCGAGCUCUUCGAUCGAUCCACCACACGGUCGCCAGCGCCGGGUUCCUGGACGAGCUGGGCGUCGCAAACUCGCUAACGAGCGCCUACGGGCGAUUCGGCGAGGUCGAUCGCGCGAAAGAGAUCUUCGAUGCCAUGAGAACCGUGAGCGUCGUGAGCUGGACCGCGAUCAUCGCGAGCUAUGCCCAGAACGGCCGGGUCCGCGAAUCCCUGGAGCUCUUCCUGGGCAUGGCGCUGGACGGGAUCCAUCCCAGCGAGGCCACCUUCACGAGCAUCCUCUACGCUUGCAGCCACGCCGGGAAGAUCGAAGAGGCGUGGCGCUGCUUCGCCAGCAUCCACGGCGAUUUCGGGAUGGAAGCGAACGAAGAGAACUACCGGUGCGUGGUGGAUCUGCUGGGGCGAGCCGGGAAGCUGGAAGAGGCCCGCGAUCUGGUCCAGAGCAUGCCAUUCCCGGCGGAUGGAGUGGCGUGGACGACGCUGCUGGCCUCUUGCAAGACUCACGAUCGCGAGGAAGAGGGCAGAGACGCCGCGCGAGAGAUGAUGGCGCUGGAGCCGGACAAUGGCGCCUCGUACGUGAUGCUCUCCUCGAUCAUCCCGUUGCAUUGAGCAUUCUUCUAUUAGGGUUCUUGAUAUCUUUCAAUGGAAUUUCACGAGUUCUUCACCCACAUUCCCAUUCGCGAGCGCUGGCAAGAAGUGAUCCAUCCCUUGGCAAUGUGGAGCUCCAGCGCCAGGGAGGUGAUCCAAUUCAAUCCAUGGAAGUUUCUCUAUUUCCAGCACUGGUUCUGGAUCUCUCAAUCCAUGAUCGUAGGCGCUGCUAUGAAGCGAUCGAUCAGCCUAAGAUUUCUAGAGCUUCUGGAAACGCGCCAAAAAAAAUUCCUAGCGGGGCUUUAAAUGGUGGCACUAGGGAAAUUUUCCUUUUCUUUUCAUUGAUGAUCCCUGAGAGUGUCCAGGCGGGCAGCGAAGCCCAGCUCAAUGGAGAGCUCGCGGAGGACUUUACGAUAGAGUCCAAGGUAACGCUGGUCACGCUUCUCAAAGACGCUCUCUUUAAACUCGAUUCCAACGAUGGUGGCGACGCUCCAGGCGUCGAGUCGCUGGCUAGUCUUUUGGUUUCCACGGACGCGGAGAUCGUGUUGCUGGCCUUGGAAGUUCUCGCCGCAGCUCAAACCAAGGAUGGUUAUUCUUCCAAGACGAUGAGCUACGUGCGAGAGAUAUCUUACGGAUGGCCAAGCAGGGAUCAGUGGUUCUGUGCAAAGGAGUCAGCUCGGAGUCUAUACUUCGAGUUCUAUCAAGACGGGAAGCUGGAAGUCAUUCAGGUUGAGGUGGAGGAGCUGUGUAGGGAAGAUUGCUUGGAUCUCUUCAACAGGUUGGUCCGUGACUUCAAGGUGCCUGGGGAGCUCCGGUUUUCUUUGCUCACCAGGAUUCGCUUCGCAAAGGCAUUCUCAUCGGCAGAAACUCGGUACGAGUACCUUCGAAUUUCCAUCUUGGCUCUGGGGCUCGUACCGCAUGUAGAAAAAUCCCAACUCUCGGACUUGGAGGCGGUGGCGUGCGAUGGAGUUGUUCCAGAGAGUGUUCGAAUCUCGGCACUGUAUGCACUGGGAGCUCACGGAAAGGAGGACAUACUCACGACCGCGGAAAGAGAUGCAAAGGUCCAUGAGUUUCUCAGUGGGAAAGUCCAGCAUUCCAGUGGUUUUAUCAAAGCUUUGCUGGAUAAUUCCUCGGCCCCCAUAGAUCUCCAGGAUGAAGACAGGAAACGCCGCCGUCAGCUUCCAUCCUCCGUCUUUGGAGUCCUGAGCUUGAACGAGGCCUUGAUCUGGCUUGAAGACGAACUCAAGGACAUCAGCAGUAGCGAUGACGACUCGCUCAGGGAAAAGCAACGAAUGAUCAGAGACUUGCUUUCCAAGGCCUUCGAGGGGGGUGAGGGAGAGGUCGAGCAGUUCUUGGUAAAAAUCUUUGACAAUCCCAGGCUGUUGAGGGGGACUUCAAGCAGCUCAAAGGUGUCCACUGAUGGCUGGAAGAUUGUGGAAGCAACCAUGUCCUGGAAGUUAUCAGAUGAGUUACACGCGAAGUUGGCCAAGUUGAUUCUAGACGACGUGACAGCCGUUCCUGAAGCUGUGCUGCUCAAGGCACUGAGUGCUAGUUUCAUGUCGACUCUCGUUGGGGUUGGCGGCUACGAGUUUCUUCGCCAGCUUCCGGUGUCUGUGGUUAUGAAGCUCGAAAGAUUUCCUCCCACAGACAAAUGUGGGGGUUACGCAGAGAUGGCCAAGAGUUUGUGCGAGGAUUUUGGAUCGUUAAUCGAAGGGAAGUGCGCUGAGAAGGUGGAGGUGCUACCCUGGAUCGUCGAGCGGAUGCUAUUCAACAACGAUGGUCAUUGCAACGCUUUUUUUUUCAAGCAGCUCUUCAUGUCCGGCGCAUUGGACAAGCUGUUGAUCGCCUUCGAAGCUUUCGGAAGCUGCUCGACACCAGUUGGAAGCUCGACGACAGGGAUGGCACCAUCGCUAGACGUGUACUUCUCCAUUUUCUGCCAGCUUUUGGACUCGGAGUGGGCGGACCUUACAGGAGAGGAGGACGAGAAAAGAAUCAAGCAACAGAUUUUCUAUGCGGUCCUUCGCGUAAUUCGACUCUGUGACAUCUCCCAGUUCACUCCAAGGAUGGCGGCAGCGGUUCUCGAACAGUUGUGCAAGAAGAACCCUGCCGAAGUUGACGAUUUGGCCGUUUCAAAACUGGUGUCAAUGGGAUACGAUAAGGCAGUGGCGAGAGCAGCGCUGGAGAAGAAAGGAAAUUCCAUUGAACGAGCCGUUGAGAAGAUGGCUGAGGAAAACUUUGAGGAUGCCCUUGCACUGUCAUUUCCACCAAUGCUGGAGAUGGUCGACCUCCUCUUGAAACUUAUGAACUGUCACGGCUCCGAGGAUUUGAUUCUUACCAUCUGGAGGAACGGCGUGUUGCACGAAAGAGAGACCGCCUUGGUGUCACUGGUUUGCCAGCUGGGAUCUGAGGCAGCAGCUGCGAAGCUUUUAGCACUCCUGGUUACGAAAGAUACCGCUGCUGCUGUUGUUAUUCGACGGCGUGGUAUGGCAAACCAGUUUCUAGAGCUCCUGUUGUCUCCAAAAUUUGAGACUUCAGUAGAGUCAGCUGCAGUGGUUUUAAGGCUUCUGUUUGGAGGAGGCGACCACGGUGGCAAUCCUUUUGCUGCAAGUGGCAUGUCCGAAGAUCAGCACAAGCAAGCGGUAGUUUGGUUUGGAAACUUCAUCUGCCAGACUCCUCCUACAGCUCAUGGACCAAAGCUGCUUAAACUCGGUGAAACUCUGACGAGGAACCGCAAGAUGGCACUGGAGCUAGUGACAAAUGCGAGGGACUUGGCUGCUCUUUUCGAAAGGUUGCUAGACCUAAGCGUCGACCCGGAUUCUAAGAGUUGCGCUUGCAAGACGGUGUUGCAUCUGCUGGAAGACCAUCAGAUGUUAUACCACAGGAUGGUGCGGGCGAUUCGAGCACGUUUGUUGGCCAAUGCGGCCGAUGUGCAUGAUUUUUUGAGAGAUAUGUCGUCCUGGGCAUUCAGAGAGCCCGCCAUCUUCUUGCGAGCAUCAUUUGACACCUGUGAAGUUGUUCGUGUGGGGAAGGACCAGCACUACAUUUUUCUUAAGGGGGGUCAAGUCACCGGCAAUGGUGGCGACGAAAGUGCAUUGGUUUCCACCCAUUUUCUCGACGUUUUUGCUCAGCUGCGCGAUCCUCUUCUGGCCGGGCUAGACGACGUCAGGAUUGAGCUCUUGACCAAGAUUUAUGACGAGUUUCCAGAUUUUUUGCUCGGCCACGAAGCUGGAAUUCUUGACCGGGUGUUAGAAAGUGAGUCAAAGGCAUCCUCGGUGAGCAAGUUCUUAAAGGCUGUAUGGCGGGAGAACAGGGACAGUGUCCUCCAAGCUCUGAUGAAGGCGUUUUCCUUGGAGCUGAUAAGUACCUCGAAACUCGUCCGUCUUUCAAAGGUUUUGGAGAGCUGCUACGAGUUCCUGGAUGCUCUUCUUGCCGACCGUAUAGUUAAGGCCCUUGCUGCGCUCGACUUAGACCAUCCAGAGGCAGCAGCGGUCGUAACUUCAGUUUUUGAGGUGCUGGCAAACUUUUUAUCGAGUCACCGACAUCGUCCCGUUGUUUCCAUUCCGCCAUAUGUGUCGGAGGCUGGUGUCAUCGCGUUUCUACAGGCGAUGUACGCCACAGCAGAGGAUCCCGUUGCUGCAAUCAGCACUGGUGCCGAAGAGACGACACAGAAUAUGUGGGCAUUUUUGGCGACGCUUGAUCCGGACUUAAGAUUGCAGAUACUUCGGACCUGCCCGGACUUGCUUCCGGAGCUAACCCAGCAUCAGCAGGCACCAAAUGUUGCGUUACAAGACCAAGCUGCCGAGCAUGACAGACAUCAUACAGAAGAUGAGCAUGAAACCGAAGAGGAGGAUCAAAACGAAGAUGAGGAUGAUGAGUAUGCUAAUGGUGAAGAUGGGACGGAAGAUGGAGAUGGCGAGGAUGAUGUCGAGGAGGAUGACGAAAUGCAGGAUGGAUUAGAAGGAGAUCAGUGCGAACAAGAGCAAGAGAUUUUUCCUCAGUCAUGGGUGGUUGACAACGACGACUUGGAAACACUCGUCAAGUUUCUCCGGUUUGCUCCAGAGUCAUUUGACGAGAGGAAAUUGGUCUCUUUUCUGAAGAAGCACACAAAUCAUGCUGAACUGGCGAGGGUGCUUGUUCGUAUGCUCCUGAGAACCGAAAACUCACGAGCUUUUGGAUCACCUGCCAAUGGUCUUUUCCAUCGCAACUUCGUUCUUGGUAAAGCUCAGUAUUACUCCCUUCUAACCAUCUAA